GCGGGUCCCUCCUCCACCCCGCGGGACCCUCCUCCAUCCCGAAGGCUCCCCUGCUCCUGCCGCCCUUUCCGCGACACUGAAACGUCCCGUCCUCUUCUUCCUUUCCCGUAUCCUCUGAGCCCUGCCCACCUCCCGCCUCGCGUGGUGCGGUCCUGGUCCCAGGUCACACGGCGGCGUGGGCGCGGCCUGCUCCGGGCCCGGAGGUUCCUCUCGCUGCUGGAGCAAACAUUUUGGAGCGGCGUUUGCGGCUGGGACGAUGCUGGCCUGCAGUCGCCUCACCUUCAUCUUUCUGACCGUGGCCGUGCCCUGCGCCCUGUCGCAGCACGCGCCGCCGUGGACAGAAGACUGCAGAAAAUCAACCUACCCUCCUUCUGGACCAACCUAUAGGGGUCCAGUGCCAUGGUACACCAUAAAUCUUGAUUUGCCACCCUAUAAGAGAUGGCAAGAAUUGAUCACUGACAAGGCUCCAUCGCUAAAGGUUAUCGUGAAUUCCCUGAAGGAUGUAGUAAAUGCAUUUGUCCCAAGUGGAAAAAUUAUGCAGAUAGUGGAUCAAAAGUUGCCUGGUCUACUUGGCAACUUUCCUGGCCCUUAUGAGGAGGAAAUGAAGGGGGUUGCAGAUAUUACUGGCAUACCUUUAGGAGAGAUUAUUUCGUUUAAUAUUUUCUAUGAAUUUUUUACCAUCUGUACUUCAAUAAUAGCAGAAGACAAAAAAGGUCAUCUAAUACAUGGGCGAAACAUGGAUUUUGGAAUAUUUCUUGGGUGGAAUAUAAAUAAUAAUUCCUGGGUUGUAACUGAGGAACUAAAACCUUUAACAGUGAAUUUGGACUUCCAAAGAAACAAUAAAACUGUCUUCAAGGCUUCAAGCUUUGCUGGCUAUGUGGGCGCGUUAACAGGAUUCAAACCAGGACUAUUUAGUCUUACACUAAAUGAACGUUUCAGUACCAAUGGUGGUUAUAUGGGUGUCCUAGAAUGGAUUUUGGGAAAGAAAGAUGCCAUGUGGAUAGGGUUUAUCACUAGAUCAGUUUUGGAAAAUAGCACAAGUUAUGAAGAAGCCAAGAAUAUAUUGACCAAAACGAAGAUAUUGGCUCCAGCAUACUUUAUCCUGGGAGGCAACAAGUCUGGGGAGGGCUGUGUGAUUACACGAGGCAGAAAAAAAUCUUUGGAUGUAUAUGAACUUGACUCCAAGGAGGGUAGAUGGUAUGUGGUGGAAACUAAUUAUGACCGUUGGAAAAAUCCCUUCUUCCUUGAUGAUCGCAGAACAGCUGCAAAGAUGUGUUUAAACCAGACAACCCAAGAGAAUAUCUCAUUACCAACCAUAUAUGAUAUCCUGUCCACCAAACCUGUCCUCAACAAGCUGACUGUAUUCACAACUAUGAUGGACGUUACCAAAGGUCAAUUUGAAACUUACCUGCGGGAUUGCCCAGACCCUUGUAUAGGUUGGUGAACACACACCUGGCCUACAGAAUGCGCUCUCUGACAUGAAGCAGGCCGCUCACGUGUGGCCAACCAGGGCAGCCAUCUGAUCUCUGUCCAAAGACUAAGACCCAGGCAGGGCAGGUUCUCUUUAAGGCAUGAGCUUGUUCUUCUUGGUAUGUUUACAAUUCUUAGGCUAUUUUUUGCCAUAACAGUUGAUUUUAUUUAUCGAUAAUUUACAUGAAGUACAGCAAUCAUUUAGAAUUUGCCGAGUUUCAUUUCACUUUUGACAUUUGGGGGUGGGGAUGGGCAAUUAAACUAUUGUGGGACCCACUUCCAUGGAAUGAAUAAAGCAAGAUUCUCUGUGGGCACUGAAUCCAGUAUGUCCACGUAAUAGUAACAGUAAAUAGUCCACAUUAUUUUCACUUUUAUCUACAUAUUUGUAUUUUUUUCUGUAUAGCGGUCUUUUUCUCUUGGUCUGCUACUAAAAUCAAUAUACUACUGUCUUUGCUGUUUUUGACAGCAGUGUAAUUUCACUAACUGAUUAGAGGGAGAUGAGACAGACAUUCAACUGUGUAUUUCCCUUAAUGCUCAAUGCCCGCACCUUUGACUCUGAUUAGUACUUUUUGGGGUUCGUGAAGUAAUCAGUAUGCAAAGCAGUCUUUUAUACACAGAAUUGAAGUGUUUCCUUUUUCGUAAUUACCCUACCUCCCAGCAACCCCAGGAAGUUAACGUCAAAAACUGAGUCCCAGGUUCUGUGAAUGAAUAGUAAACAGGUCAAAGAAUUGUAGAAAAUUGGAAGUGUACCCGUGAUUUUAAAAUCUCCUAAGUAUCAUUUAUUUAAUAAAUAGGUUUUGAGUUUUCCUUCUGAUCAAAAUGUAUUUUUUAAAAAUGUUUUUCAGAAGUGUAUUUAUGAAAAGGGCUAAUCAAUCAAACUUGUUAACCUUUCACAUGUUCACAGUCAACUGAAAUGCAUGUCAAUUGUGUACAACUGUAUCCACUUCAUUUAAUGUCAUUUGUAUUCAUGACAUUCAAUAAAGUCAUUGGAAGCAGAGUCA